AACCGCAAUUGACACAUAGGACAGUCACGUUGGCCGCAUCCCAUCAUCAUCGACUGCUACUGCUGCUGCUGCUACAGCUGGAAGAUUUAUUACAUUAACUGAUAAAACCCGCAUUGAGCGUAGAGAAUAAACUACCCACCACACCGCACCGGUCGCAAUCGUGCAACAGUUUCCCGCGAUUGUCACACGCAACAUUCGGGUUUCUCUCUUUCACGCGUAACAUGAGCGACCGGGGUUGCAACAAAACAGAAAGCCCCUGAACCGAGAGCAACCGGUGAAACACACCGCCAGCCAGUUGAGCGAGAAUAGUCCGUUCCAGCUUGAACAGGCAGCGCAACAAAAUCGCGUGGUGAUGCUUUGUCGCUGAUUGACCACGCGAAGACUGAGAACGCAACUUUGGAAGAAGGAUUGAUUAGUGCGAGUGUCCUGAAGAAGGACAACGAGAAGGAUAAUCUAGUGAUAACCGGUUUCGGAUCGAGCCAUCAAGAUGGGACUCCGUUGGGAGCUGGUGCUGUGCGUGCUAGUAAACGCACUCUUCGCCCAAUCGGCUGUCUACACCCCAGGCAACGCCCCCGUCUACAACCCGAAUGCUGAGGUACCAGCCAUCAUCCCCACUCAGGUCAACAACCCCGGCUACCUGGUGACCCAGACCGUUUACGGAUUCCUCGACUUCACAACCACCAUCGGCAACACGGUGAUGAUCUUCUCUCCACAGAGUGCAGCUGCAGCCGUAACUGAACCCCCGAAGACGACACCGGCUCCUCCACCGGUGAUCGAGACGUCCCCUCCUCCAACAACCACACAAGCCCCAGCGGCGCCCCUCAUCGAAGAGAUCAAACCCAGCAAGACGGUGAUCUUGCCGGUGCAACCGAAGGAGAAGGUCAGUGUCGUCCAGGUCAUCGCCGAAACGCCGAAACCUUUCGUUGUCAAGCCCAACACUCCGGUCAAGUUUGUGCCCAAGGUGGUGACGCCGGCCAAGGCUAAACCGAUCACCAAACCUAAACCGAAGGUUUCGAUCGUUGAAGUUACCCCUGUGAAGGCUGAACAAGAACCGGAGGUUGUCGUAGAAGAGAAGAAGGCCGAACCGAAAAUCCAGGUGGUGAAACCCCAGGCUCCAAUCAUCAAGGUUGUUGCAGCCAAGGUUGAAGUCACCACGGAAAAGGAAGUCGUCACUCCUGAAUCCAAAGUUGAGGUCGUCCAAGAUGAAGAAGAGGAGGAUGACGAAGAAGAAGAACAUCAAGAGGAGGAUGAGUCGGAUCAAGUAGAAGAAGAACACGCUGAAGAACCGACUAAAGAGGAAACUCCCGAAGAGGAGGAACACGAAGAGGAUGAACACGAAGAAGAAGAACACAAAGUUGAGGAGCCAGCCAAGCCAGCCCUGGUAGAAGCUCCCAAGCCAAAGACCACGGAAGAACCUACCAUUGAAGCUCAUCAGCACAAGGAACACUCGCCAAUCGAGUUCUCGAACAUCACAGAAGAGAACGAAGCCGACCAUGACGACGCACAGGAAGACGAAGAAGACGAAGACGACGAGCCAGCCCCAGUGCUGCAAAUCGGCAACAACAUUGCCCCCGAACCGGAGUACGAUUUCUUGUCCCGCCAGCCGUCCGAAUUCGUGGAAGAAACGUACCGAGUGGUGAAUCUGAAACCGACCCCCACUUCGAGCGCCUCGUCGGCAUCCACGGCCAGAGCCAAACCGAAACGAGGUAAUAAGAAGCCCCGCCCGACGGGCCUGGUCACCAAGCUCGGUGGAACCGUAGUCAAGGACGGAGCCACGACCGUCCACGAAACGAGCGUCAUCGGCACCUACAUUUCAGGAAAAUAUGCCCAAGUCCUACAAAGCACUUCUCAUGUAUUUCAAGGUAACCCAGCCGCUGCCAACGCCGCCCCCGCCAACGCCAACGCCAAGCCGGCUUCGGGACCGAAGGUCCAGCCCACUCCAACGCUUCGCAUUCUGAAAACGGCCGCCCCGAACCCGAACAAAACGCCCCGCUACAAUCCGGAACUGGCCUCGAUCAUCACGCCGUCGCACUCGCAAGCGUUGGAGGACACCGGGCUACCGCUGGAGAAUCUCUUCGCCAGCCAGCCAAGCUCCAGCUUGGUGCGGCCUUCGCGCCGUCUCAGCGGUCCCGGAGCCGGACUCAAUGGGGGCGCGUUCAAGAACCGGCUCAAGAAUCGCAUCGGCAAGGACGACAACAGCAACAGCAACGAUCUGCAGGAGCGGUCCGAUACGGUCGAGGAACCGGUCGGGCCACCGGCUGCCGCGUCCGCGCAGCCAAGCUUUGGUAAUGGGAAGAAAACUAACCGCUACCGUAACACGCAAACGAUCAAGCCUAACAAUGUGGUAAAGAACACCCGCUUUAACCGAUUCUCCUCAUCUAGUGUGGAACUGGCGACGGUGUCCGUUUUUAGCGAAACAACCACCGCUCCCGCCUACGCAAACAGGCGUAACAAAGCUUCUCGUAACAGUUUCAAGCCAAGCUCUACCAUAUCUAGCUCAGCCCAGUCGUCGUCUGCAGUCCAGCAACAGGACAACCGCCGUUCGUUCAAGCCGAACCUGCGGCCAACGCCCCCGGAAGCGGAAUCCGGAACCACCAGCACCAGUCUGUACAAGUUCAAGCUGAACCGUUCGCCCGGCCGCUGGCAGUACAAGAGCCCACCGAAACCCACGGUCAAUAUCCGAAAGCAGCCCGGCGGCGGCGGCGGCGCCAAGAAGACGAACGACGCCGUGGAGAACCUGACGACGGCCCCGAUCUCGGACACCUCGGUGCAGUACAACGACAUCUCGCAAAACCCGGACCACGCCGAGAAGGUCGACACCGAUGCGGAUUUGGACCAGUCCGGAUCGGUCAACGGAAACGUGCUGAACGACGCGGAGAACGACAACCAGAUUGAGCGACGGUACCCGGUCGAGACGAUCAAGGUAGAGAUCUCGACUCCGGUGGACUUCAGGGAUACGUAUUACGAGAUUGCUACCAUCAAGUCACCCUACACUUUCCAGGUUGGCACCGUGAAGAACACUCGUUACAUCACCGUGACUUCAACAUUCGAGAAAGUUCUCGAGCAGGAGACGGCCACAAUUACGCCUUCGCUGACGGAGCCUCUGACGGAGAACAUCCUGGCGACGACCACUCACAUUGAUAAGGAAAGCAACCUGCUGGACUCGAGCAUUGCCACGCUUCCGCCAAUUACGCUGUCGGGUGAAACGGAAACUCCCCCACUGGAAACACUGACGGAGACCUUCAGUACUACACAGGUUAUGCUGAAGACCCACAUUCUGCCAGUGAUUCGCGAUGGAACUGACACUUCGAGUUAUACUCUGAUUCAGACUUACCACGUAACUCGGUUGGUAACUGCCACCAAGACGCUUCCGCCCAUGGAGAUCUACCAAUUCGUGCCGUCCAAGACCUUGAACGAGUUUAACAGCCGUCUGGACGAAGCCGGUUCCGAACUGCACUUGGAACUGGAAUUCGGUGAUGAGAACGACGAAGACGAUGACCAUCCCAAACGACAGCGACUACCCUCCGACUUGGACCUGUCCAGCAUUGGCUCCGAAUUUGACCUUUCUGAAGUCGACAAGACCAACAUCCCAGAGAACAUCCGUCCCAAGAAGAAGAUCUCUUCGCACAAGGAAGCCAACAAAGUCACGACCGAAGCCCCGGUGACAACUCCAUCCCUCACCCCAGACCAACUUCAACAGCUCGCUCUCCUUCGGUUACUGAACCCUGCUGCCGCCGCCCAAAUCCCCUCCGUCAUCACCUCCUCCAAACCCGUGGUCUCCCUCGAAACCGUCUACGAGUCGCACGUCCUCCCGAUCAUCAACGGUGCGAACACCAUCUUCAGCACAAUCUCCCGGCCGAUCGGCACCCUGACCAAAACGAACUACGAAGUGGUCACCACCACCCUUCCAGCCCUUCCGAUCCCCCCAAUCCCCCAGCUGAACCCCUUCCAGCAGCAACCCCAGGUCACGGUCCAGUCCACCCCGGUCGUCACCAACGUCAUCGUGACGGAAACCAACAGCAAAGUCCUCAAGCUGACCUUCGGAGCCAAGACCGCCUACACGACGCUCUACUCGACGACCGUGGUCCCCACGCAGCUGACCACCUACGUGACGCAAUCGGUUCCGGUGGUGCAACCGACGGCAGCCGCUUUUCCCGGGUACUUCCCCGCGCCGUACGCUCCCUUCCCGUACGUGGGCUAAGCCACUUGUAUCUCCGUAUCUCCCCACCCACUAGCAGCGGUGGAGCGGUGUUAAUAAUUAAUUUUAGCUCAACUCUUCGCAAGUGAUAGCAAUCAAUUGUUUUUAGGUGUUCCCCUCUCCAAACCAAGGGGUGAGAGUGUGGGGGGAAUUUCUUCAAGCGGGGGGUCGGGCGAUUAGGUUUAUGGCUCUUUGUGCUGCGAUGCGAGUGGUGCCCUCCUCCUCCUCCUACAGUGGAAUCAAAGGAAGUGGGCAAUUUCGUUUACUUUCCCGUCUAUGGGGGGUGGGACGAUUUGCCGCGGGGGCGAUCGGAUCGGAACGGACGGACGGGUUCUUUGUUCGGGAAGAAGUCGACGGGUUCUCUCGGAUACAGAAGGGGGGAUAUGGGCAAAUUAUGGGUUCCCGUUCGGAAGAUGGAUGGCUGGCACGAUGGAUGACACGAGGGGUUGGUCGAUGGUCAAUUGUGAAUUUCUGUACAGAUUUUAUUGGAGAAUUCUUAAAAAAAUCCAUUGAGAAUUUAACUAGAGAUUGCCUCAGCCAUUUCUGCAUAUAUUUACUCUGGAGUUUCUCCCUAGAAACUUCCCCUUUAAGAUUCUUCAGAAAUUUCUUCAUAGAUUUUUGUUAUGCACUUCAUUGGAGGUUGCUCAUGAAGUUUUUCCAGUAAUUUGUUCACAUUAUGGAUAUUUUUUAUGAACUGCUUCAGAAAUUUCUUCUGAGAUUCAUCUAGAAAUUUGUGCAGAGAUGCCUCUUUUAUUUAAGACUCUUUUGGAUGCUUCACCAGACAUUUCUUGAGAAUAUUCACCCAAGGUUUUCCUAGGAUUUUCUUCAUUUUCAUAAAUAUUCCUCCAAAUAUUUUCCAUAGAAUCCAGAAUAUUAUCUAUCAAUUGCUCUAGACAUUGUUUAAUGAUUUUUUUUCAGGGAUAGUGACGAAGCAUUUUUCUUGAGAUUAUUUUAGAAAUUUCUCUAUAGAUUUUUUAAAACAAUUUCACAAAUUUGUAUUGAAAAGUUCUAAAGAUUUUUUUUAAGAAAUUCUUUCUUGAAAGUUUUUUGUCUGGUUUUUGAGCAACCAAACAUUUUUGUAAGAACUUCAUCUGAGAUUGCUGUUGAUAUUCAUUUAGAGAUUGUUUUACGAUUUUUUUAAGACAUUCUUUCAGAAAAUCCUCUAGAGAUUCCUGUUGUUAUUUUUUUUCAAUUUUAUUUUCAUAUAUUAUAUCCGGAGUUUAGUUUAGAAAUUUAUCUAGAGAUGCCUCUAUUUUCAAAACAGUCUUCUGGAUGUUUUACCAGACAUUUUUUAGAAUCACCAAAUCCUAGGAUUUUCUUCAUUUUCCCAAAGAUUCCUCCAAAAAUUCUCCAAAGAAUCUUUUGAAGUUCAUCCAGAGAAUUAUCUAGCAAUUUCUCCACUAAUUGCUUUUGGAUUUUUCCCAGAGAUUGCGACAAAGUAUUUUUUCAGAGAUUAUUUAAGGAAUAUCUCUAUAGAUUUCUCACAAAAUUUUCAAAAAAAAAAUAAUUAUUAUGAAUUUCUCUGGAUAAAGAAUUUUUUUCUUGAUAGUUUUUUGUCUGUUUUUUUUUUGAAAAACAUCUCCAAACAUUUUUGUAACAAUUUCAUCUGCGAUUGCUGUAGACAUUCAUCUAGUGAUUAUUUUAACAAUUUCUCAAGACAAUCUUUCAGAAAAUCCUCUAGAAGUUUCUUAUUUUUCCUUCCGGAGUUUCUCCUGAGAUUCAUCUAGAUAUUUGGCAAGAGAUGUCCCUAUUUUCCAAAGAAUUUUCUGGAUGUUAGACCAGAGAUUUCUCUAGAAUAAUUACCAAAGAUUCUCCUAGGAUUUUUUUCACUCACCUCAAGAUUCCUACAAAAAAUCUUCAGAUAAUCUUUUUGAAAUUCAGCCAGAGAAUCAUCUAGCAAUUUCUCCAGUCAUUGGUUAAGGAUUUUUUCCAGGGUUUCAUCCGAUAGUUUCCCAGGAUUUUCCAUCAGCUUUUUUCCAAUGAUGCAUCGAAGUAUUUUUUUAAUAUUAUUUUUGAAAUUUCUCCACAGAUUUCUUUUAAAAAAUUCAAUAUAUUCUAUUGGGAAUUUCUUUCGAUAAUGUUUUCCCAUAACUUCUUUUUAAAUAGUUUUUUUUUUUCUGGUUUCUUGAGAAACUUCUCCUAAUAUUUUGUAAGAAUUUUACUUGAGAUUGCUGUCAAGACAUUCUUUCGGAAAAUCCUCAAAAAUUUACUUUUCUUUUUUUUUAAUUUUCAAAUAUUGCUUCAGGGCUUUUUCCUAAGAUUCCUCUAGAAAUUUCUCAAUUAUUGUCUCUAUUAUCCAAAGAAUUUUCCUGACUUUUUUCCAAAAAUAUCUUCAGAAUAUUCACUGAAACCUCGGUUUUCUAUAUUUAUCUAGACAUUGAUUCAAGAGAUUCAGAUGUCUUCAGAAGUUUCUACAAAGAUUUUUUUUAAGAAUUGCAUUGGAAAUUUCUUUUGGACGUUCUGUACAGAUUACUCAAGUAAUUUCUCCAAAGUUUUUGUUCAUAAGAAUGUAGUAUUUUUUCAGAUAUUACUUUUGAAAUUUGUUGUGAUAUGCCACAAGGAAUAUGUCCAGAGCUAUCUCUAUUCUCUCCAAAGAAUCUUUCCGAUAUUUCUUCAGAAACUGGUCUAGAAGUUCGUCUGAUGAUUUUCUACGAAUUUUUCCAGAGAUUGGAAAGGGAUUUUUUUUAGGAGUAUAUUCGCAAAUAUCCCCUGCGUUUCCUUUGAAGCGUUCUUCAAAGAUAUAUCCAGGAACUUCCUCAGAGAUUAUUCUGAUAAUUUCUCUAGAGAUGGCUGCGGAGCUUCCAUUAUAAAAUUCUCUAGAGAUUUUAUUUGGAAUUUGUCUUAAGAAUUUUAUUAAGAGAUUACUGAACUCUGAAAUUCGUCAGAGAUUUUUCAGAUUUUUUUUUCAAAGAUUAUUUCAAGAAUUUCUACAGAUAUCGGUUCAAGAAUUUCUUCACAAAUUACUCUAGGACUGUCUCCAAAAAUGUUCCAAGCAUUUUCAUUUGAAAGUUUAUCCGAGAACUUUUUCAGGAAUUUCUGCAGCAACUUCUGUACGAACUUCUCCAGAGAUUUUGCUUCUGAUUUUCCUGGGAAUCUUUUAGGAAAUUCACCAAUCAUUCCCCAAGACAUUUCUCCAAUGUUUAUAGUUCUUUGAGAAAUUGCUUCAAAAGCUUCUACAAUGAUUCAGUAACGAACUCCUCCAGAGCAUGCUGUUUAUAUUAGAUUACUUCAGGAUUCUUCCAAGGAUUCAUCCAUUGAUUUUUUUUCUAGAUUCAUUCAAGCAUUUCUCAAAAGAUAUCCUCUGGACUUUUUUUUUAAAGAAAUUGCAAGAGAAAUUCAUACAGUGAUUCUGUGACACAUUUUCUCCAGAGAUUCAAUAAUUUUAAGGCAUGUCGGAUUUUAUUUAGAAAUUGUUUGAAAAAAAUGUUUGAAACUCACGCAAUAUAUCUGCGUGAGUUUUUUUUUUCAAAGAUUCCCUAGGAAAUUUCCCUAGAAAUUUCUCCUUCAGGAGUUUCUUCAGAAAUAUCUAAGUAAAUUUCUUUCGGAGUUCUUCAAGAAUUUCUUCAGAAACUCCUUCUGGAAUUUCUCCCAAGAUUUCUUCAAGAAAUUCUCCAAGCAUUCGUUUAGGAAAUUCUGUGGAUAUUGCCAUCGAGAUUUCUACAAAAAGUCCUUCAGAAAUUCCUCCAGAGUUAUCUGAAAAUUAUCUCCUGAGAGACUUCUGCAGAGUCCUCUCUUGGAACUGUUCCAGGAUUUUUUUUUGAAAACUACCCCAUGAGCUUCUCUAGAGAUUGGAUAAGAAUUUCUUUCGAGAUUUCUCAGGAAAUUUCACCAGGGAUUUCUUCAAAAACGUCUGGUAGGCUCGUAGGGAAAUUUUGUUCAGAAAUUUCAUCAGCGACUUUCUAUGACAUUCUCCAGAGUUUUAAUUUGGACUUUCUCCAGCGGUUGUUUUAGGAAACUCUCCUAACAUUCCCCUGGAAAAUUCUCUGAUAAUUACUAUAGUAAUUCAAGAGCUUGCUUCAUAAAUGUCUUCAGUGAUUCUGUCACGAAUUUAUCCAGCAGGUAUUCAUCCAGGGAUCACUUAGCAUUAGCAUUAGCAUUAAGCAAGUCGCACAAAUUCGUAGGUGGUACAGCCCUGGAUCGCUGUUAUGAGGGUUGCAUCCUUCCUGUCCGUUACCAAAGCACAAAUAUUUGGGACUAGUCUUUGACUCUUAGACAAGAUUGAUGCAAUUCUCCAACGGUCGAGUGCUGUCCUGGCCACGUCCUUGCGACAGCUGAGGGAAGGGAAAGGAAGAUUAGUUGGACACCUAUGAAAGUACGUAGAGACCUCUACAUUCUUUCAGGCCUAGGCGUCACGGGAAUUUGGAUGUUAGUGGAAGGGUAAAGGGUAUUAAUCCAGGGUAACUUCUCAGAAAUUUCUUCACAUAACUUCUUCAGAAAUUUCUUCACUUUUUGGCAUGCCAGAUUAAUAAAAAAAAUGUUUGAGAAAAAAUACAUAAAACUCAUCCAAGUUGUUUCUAUGAGUUUUUACAAAUAUUCCCUCAGAAGUUUCUCCCGAGGUUCUGCAGUUUUUUUUCCAGAAACUCCUUCGGGAAUUUCUCCUGAAAUAUUUGAAUAAACUUCUUCAGAAAUUCUUGCAGGAAUUUCUUUAGAAGCUUCCACCGGAAUUACUCCAGAGAUUGCUCCACAGAUUUCUCCAGGUAUUUCUUUAGGAAAUUCUCCAAACAUUCAUUUAGGAAAUUUUGUGGACAUUGCUUUCGAAAUUCCUACAAAAAGUCCUUCAGAACUUCAUCCAGAGUUUUCUUACACAUAACUCCUGGAAUUUCUCCAGAGACUUCUUCAUAGAUUUCUUUGGAAUUUUACACGAAAUUUUUCGAAAAUUGUCCAAGGAGCUUGUUGAGAGAUUGCCUAAUAAAUUUCACCAGACAUUUCUCCAAAAACUUGCCAACAAUCAUUAUCGCUGUACAACAGAUGAAUAAUCCGCUCUUAAGGUAGAUUUUGAAAAUGUUGGUUGAAUAAGCUGUAAUUCAGUUGUCACUGGGUUAUUCGUGUAUCUGGUGGUGAAUUACUUUCGAAAUUUCAAUCAUGGAAGUCAUCCCGCAAGAGCUUCUUCUAGCUUCUUUUUGUCAAAGAUCUGCAAGUAUUUAUUAAGAGUAAAUUUGGGAGUUUCCAACACGACGCUGGUUUAAUUAUUUAAAACAUCCACCCAAUACAGAAAUUUUGAAAUAGAAAAUCGUCAAAAAGUCUUCUUGCCUAUUACGAAUUUGAUUUUGGGAUUUUUUCAGGAACUCCCUCAAAGUUUCCUAUAUGUUAUAAUUUCUUAAAAUAAUUCGAUGUUCAUCAUUUGAACUUUCUCUGGAGAUGUCUUAUCCACUUUUUAUAAAAAAUUUCAGAAUGCCUAAAUUUUCAAAAAAAAAAAUGAAAGAUUUCUUCAUCUGAUCAUUUCAUUAGAAUUCCUUAAGCCAAUCUUACGGAGAUGCUUACAACUUUUCGUUUCGAAAUUGGUACAAGAUUUGGUUUUGUUUUCCACCAAACAUCUUCUACGAAUGUUUCCAUACAUUACUUGGGAUUUUUUCUAGAGACUUUGCGAGUAAUCAAUUCACUGAUAUUUCUCGAAAAUCUCGGUAACAGUUUAGCUUAUAGCUCAAAAGUUUUAGUCAGGAAUAACGUAGGGCUUUCCAGAAUAUCCAUGUUUUUAUUUUUUUUCUUGUCACAUUUUCAGAAAAUUUCUUUUGAAAACUCUUACAGGGUAUCUCUUACGGAUUUUUUGGAACUCUUCUAGAUAUUUCCCAAAUACUGACUGCAACACUCAUCAAGAAAUAAACCAAGAGGUGUACACUCUUGAGUUUAUUAACGAGUUCCGUGAGCUCUGCAGAACAUAAUGUAAGAAGCAACGAAUCCUGUAGGAAUUUCCCAAAAAAUAAAUAAAUUUACUGGGUAUUACUGGUUGCCUCAAAUAUUCAUUUCUUUAUUUUGCUUCAAAACAGAUUUCAUCUGGAGACGUUUUAAUCGACAUUUGAAGAGAGACCAGAGUGAUGGAGACGUUUUAACAUACUUCUUUAUCAUAAAUUCUUCCAUUGAUUCAACCAGAUCUUGUAUCAGGAUCCCCUGAUCAGGUUUUAUUCAACGGUACAUUCACCGAUUUUAAGAAAUCUAGCAGAAAACUAAAACAUAUGUUUCAAAAUUUAUUUAGAUGUUUUUUUUAAUGCUAGAAAGGUCAAAAUUUAUAAAAUUAUACUCCAAACAGUUUUCCAAAACAUGUAAUUUCAGAACUAUCAGAAACUCCAUCAAAGGACACUGUAGGAUUUUCCUCAAAGAGUUAAAGAGUUCAUCCAGAGCUUCCUGAAAAGCAUCCCACGAAAGUUAUCGUCAGGAUUAGAAGUUUUCUUCAGAAUGCGAUUUUUUUUAAUUUAGCCAAACGUAUUCCGUUUUCUUCCCUUAUGAUUAUCUGUAGAUGUUCAUUCACAUAUUUGAGAAUGUCCAUUUUCAACUUCUUUGAACAUUGCUUUGACUAAAAAUGUAAUAGAUUUGCAGUGAAAAAUAAACAAAAAAAAAAUCUCAAGGAAUUUCUGAAAAUCAUCAGAAGUUUUUCAGAAGAUUUUCCGGAAAGUUGUUGGAAGACUUUUUUUUACAAACUUCUGAGUACUUGGUCAGGGGUUGCUGUAAAAAUUCCCCCACAAACUAUUUCGGAUUCUUCCUUCACUUUUCCUGAUGAUUUCUCGAUCUCUUCUUCAAGGUUAAAUAUAUUUUGAGAUUCCUCUAGAAGACAUUCAUUCCAAGAGGACCGUGUCAGGAAUUUUACUGGGUUGCCUCCAUAAAACUCUUUGGCAUUCCUAGUAAGGGCUUACGAAUGUCAGUCAAGGCUAAGUUCCGGAAUAACAAAGGAUUUUCCAGAAAAGCAUUUCAUGAAGUUUCCUCUGAGAUUUAUCCGGUCUUCACGAAUGCUUCUUGGACUAUUUUUUACUAUUUCUCACCAAUUUUUCAAAAACUCCUUUAGGGAAUUUAACCAAUGAUUUCUUCAUGAUUUCUUUCAAAGAACAAUUAGCUUUGGGAAAGUUCUUAGAACAGUUUGAAAACCUAAUUUCUUUCUCCUUUGGUUUAAUGUUUGUUCUAGUGAUCUCUAUGAAACUAUUUUACUCGAAAUGCUACUUUGGCGUUGGAAAUUCUCCUAGAAUUCUUUCUACAAGAGCCGUUUACCUGAAAGAUUUCCGAAAUUUAUGUAAUGAAUAAUGAAUGAUGUCUGCUAUAGUUUCCAAAAGAUUUUAACACGAUUUUCCAACAUCUCUGCAUUAUUUUCUUGGAAUUUUUCUAUGGGAUUCUACAAAAUACUUUUCCCAGGAGACAUCUUAACCUUCUUCGUCAGAGAUCAUUAAAGAAUACUGAACUAUAACUUUUUAAUUUAUUUAUAAAUUCUUUUAACGAUUUUUUUGCUACUUUUAGAUUUUUUAUAUUUAGAUUUGUUUGAAAUUUAUUCAGGAGUGAACGCAGAUCCUACAGGAAUUCCUCAAAAAAAAAAAAAUUAUUCCAACAUUUUCUGAUGAUUUUCCUGGAUCCCUGAGAAAAUUGUGUCUUUUUUUGGAAUAUAUUAUUCAAUGAUUUUUUUAAGAUCCUUUUUUAGGCUUUUCAAGAAUCUCUUCCAUUUACUUAGACUCACAAAGAUUCUUGAUACGUUUUUUUUCAAACGUUUCUGUUCCUUUAAUGUUUUAUAUUUUACUUUUCAAGAGUGUUUCCUUGGCAUUUAUUUCUGAUUUUUUUGUUUUUUCCUUUAUCUUUCACGAAGUAACGAUUGAGUGCAGUUUUUCAGUAAUUUAUUUUGAGUUUCCAAUAGAAUGGGGUAACCAUGAUUGUUUUCAGCAUGUUUUUUUUUAUAUUUUUGCGGAGAUGAAGAACCAACCUAUUGUUAAAAUGACAAUUUAGAAAAAAAAACAAAACAAAAAAAUCAUAUAUACAUCAUAUAUACAGUUUUGUAUAUCAGUUAUUCAUUGUAAAUUAAAGGUCAAACAAGCCUGAAUUUCUGGGCGACCAGGAUGCUUUGUCAUGCAAGCGAAAGUCAUUUUUCAAAUCGGAGUAACUUCCUCAAACCAUUUCUCAAGAAUUCUUUCAAAAAUUCCAACAGAAAACAUAUUUUUUGAAUUCAAUCUUAAACGAUGGAACAAUUCUGGAUGAAAAUCAUUCAGAAAAAUAUCCAGUGAUAUUCCCGCAAACUUUCUGAAAGAUUUCCACAAAAAUUUGCUGAUGAAAUUGAGAGAGAUUUAUGCAAGAAAUUAAGAUUACAGUAGGUAUGUUCCAAGAUAUUUUUACCAAAUGAUUAAAAAAAAUCUCAAAAUUUUCCUUAAAAAAAUCUUCCGAUUAUUUCUUGGUGAAUUUAUGUGGCUUUCCUACCAGGAUGCAUCUCGUAAUUCCCCCUGAGAACCCUGUAGGGUUUCUCAGGAUUUUUCCUGAUAUUUACCCUGGCCAAAAUAUCCAAAAUUCCCCGUAUUUUUUUUAGAAUUGCUUCCGACAUAUCUUUAUUUCUUGGUGACCAGUAAUAUGCCAUGCAAGCGGAAAUCAUUUUCCAAAUGUGAGGUUAUUUGCAAAGCUUUCCUCAAACCUUUUUUCCAAAAUUUUCUCUUUGAAAUUCCUCCAGAAACCAUUUUUAAGAUUCAAUCAAAAACGUUGGAAUAAUGCUGGAUGAAAAUCAUCCAGAAAAACAUCCAGAGAUUUCCCAAAAAAAAAUCCCAUAAAGAGAUAUACAAAGAUUUGCUGAAGAACUUGAAGAUUUUUGCAGGAUGAUUGCAAAAAAAUCUCAUUUUUUUCCUGUAAAAUUCCCUUGAAUGUUUUCUUGAUAUUGCUCAUGAAUAGCCGUAAUAUUCGUAUCAGGAUCCGUCUCGUAAAUUCCCCUAUAGAAUUAAAUGAAUCCCAUAGAGUUCAUUCCUAGGAUUUCUCCUGGAAUUCUCUUGGGUAUUCUCAAAGGGAUAUCCCCGGAGAUUUUUCAGGGAUUUCACCAAAAUUCAUUCUCCCUGUAUUCCUACCAGAAUUCCUUCCAACAUUUCUUCAUUAAACAUAUAACGGGAUUCUUUUAGAGAUCUAUUCCGGUUUUUUGCCUGAGUUUCCUUCAGAGUUUUUUUUUGCAGAGAUUCCUCUCAAAUCUCCUUGAUUGAUUUCUCCUGAACUCUUUUUUUCCUUUUUUUUUAAAGACUGGAUUUGUAAUUUUUUGAAUAUUUAGCCAAUACGUUUCCAUCAUCCAGCAACCCCUCGUACGUCAACCAUCCGCUAGCUCACGCACCAAUGACUUACGACCCUUCUCGCACGUGGAAAUCAUAGGGAAUCACUACUCGUUCAUUGACCGGACGACGCACCACAAACGGCUUUGAGGCCUCCGGUAAAAUUACUAGUUAGAACCGCGAAGGUGGUACCCUCCAAUCACGCUUCGGAAACCCUAUGCCACCCCCCCUCCCCCCCCCCCCCCAUCCGCCCAUGAACGUUCAACACCGCCCAUAAAAACGAACUAUAAUUUCAACAACCCUCCGAACUCGGGCCAACCAAGGCAAAAGUUCUCCAUCUUACAGCCAGAAGUGCCUCCAAGUGUUGUUUAUCGACAUAAAUUUACGUGAUGUACGAUUAUCACCGACAGGGACCACCACCAGCUCCAUCGUACCCUUACCAAGAAUUUCCGUUUUUUUUUCUUUAUCAUAUCUAUGAACAAGGCCCGGAUGGGUACAUGGUCUUUUAUGAAGUCGGAAGAAUUUUAUGGCAUCGAACCCAUCAUCGUUCCACCCACGCACAGAAAUAGCUUUCGUAAGUGUUGUAAGAAAUCAUCCUCAAAUUUCCACUGCACUGUACGGAGAAGCCAAGAGAGGAGCCAUAAAUCUAAACUAUCGACCCCCUGCACUUGAUAGAUUAAGUGUGUCUUCGACACACUUUGGCAAACAGUAGUAGUGUGGAUUCGCUCUUGACUUUGUUUCCUAAGAAUAGCAUAAUUUGAUCCCCGUAUCCCAAUUCCCAUUCCUUGUCCUCACAGUUAAGUAGAUUUAGAAGAACCUCCACUGAAACCGAAUGAGCUGGCUUUAAACCGCGUGGAUUGAUUUUUCAACUUUUCCCAGGACGGAAAAAUUGAAAAAUCAUUCCAACUUUGAAGCAUUUUGCUCCCAACAGCGGCCUGUGUGGCAGCAAUUACCCCACUCCCCCCUUCCUAAACAAUAUUUUAUUGUUAGGUUACGAUAAUUUAUGUAAAUAUUACACCUAGGAUUACAGAAGCUUCAAUCAACGUCAUAUACCGCCCAUCACCCUCCUUGCUUAAACACCGAAACAAUUCAAACAAAAAUAUUUUCCCGUCGCCCAACUGUCACUCCCAUCACUACUAGGAGUGAAAUCUGAUCCAUUUUCCACCAUCAGCACAUUGCGUUGUUGGUGCCCAACCCGUCAAUCAAUCAUGAAUUCUUUCCUCCCUGUCUGACGGGUUUGGGUUAAUUUCUACUAUAACGGCACCGGUAAAAAAAAUAUCCUGUGGCAAGUUUCCUCUUUUUUCCUGUAAAUAGUUGACCGUUACAUCGAUCACGCCCAACAACGCACAUAUUUGCACACAGACGGAUAAGUACGCAAUACUCAAAUCGGAGGAGGAUACUCCGAAACAGUGAUUGAAUUCCGCGCACGAAAAUAGCUCUACGAAAAAUGAUACACUUUUAGUUUAGCAACUAACUGUUGAAAGAGUUUUUUUUUUUAUGUUAUCAUGUGAGACAGAAGCAAACAAAAAAAAAACCUAUUGUACAUAACCAUUUUCCAUCUGUAUUUUGUAAGCAACCAGAAAGGAGUAUUUUUCCUGUACCGAAUUUAGACUGUAGGCCCUUAAGAAUGAUUUAUUUUAUAUAUGAUAAUAUUAUUGAUGGUGAAUCCAGCAACCGAGAAAUUUAUGGUAUGUUUCCUGUUUUUAAAUAAAAUGUAAUAAAAUUA